AUGGUUUCACCUUCUCUCAAAUCUCAAGUACUUGAGAUUGGCGCUGUCUUGGAGCUAAAUACUCUGUCGGAACCAGGGUCCAGCCCGUCUGCCAACCGCCAUCGAGGCGUUCUUGCUGCAUAUGCGGGAGGUGGAGUGACUAAACGCAUUGACGUAAAAGUUCGAACAUUCUGGUACAUAUAUUAUAUCAAUAUUCUACCAGUAAGUGAAGAGCGGUACCAACGAAGCGCUUUCUGGCACUGA